UCACCUCUAAAUUAAAGUUUCAUCUGUUCAUUCAUAAACAAAAAUUACAACUUCUUGUAUAAGCCAAAAUGAUGAAUCAAAUUCAACUACCCAAACUCCUCCUACACCAACAUCUCAAACCCAACCAUAAACCCUUAACCCUCUUCUUCUUCUUCUUCUCUUCUUCUUCUUCUUCUUCUUCUUCCUCAGAGCAACAACAAAAUACAGUAACAAAAGCAGUUUCAAUUCUCACAAAUCAACGUUCAAAAUCUCGCUGGAACACUCUCCAUUCUCUCUUCCCAACCACCAUCAACCCCAUCGAUUUCUCCCAAAUCACACUCCACCUCAAAAACAAACCCCAUCUCGCACUUCAUUUCUUUCAAUGGACCAAAUCCAAGUCCCUAUGUCACCACAAUCUCGCUUCUUAUUCCACCAUCAUCCACAUCCUCGCACGUGGCCGACUCUACUCACACGCUUACAGCACCAUCAGAACCGCCCUUAAUCAAAACGACGAUGAACACUGUCGUUUUGAGCCUUCCUCCACGCCGUUGAAGCUUUUUGAGAUUCUUGUUAAUUCUUAUCGAGAGUGUGGUUCUGCUCCUUUUGUUUUUGAUUUGUUGAUUGAAGCCUGUUUACAAUCUAGAAAAAUUGAAGCUUCGGUUGAAAUUAGUAGAAUGUUACUCUCACGUGGGACUAAUCCUAAAGUUAUGACAUUGAAUUCUUUGAUUUCUAGGGUUUGUAGAAAAUUUGGGGUGGAUUUAGGGUAUGAGAUUUAUAGGGAGUUUUUUAGGUUAGAUGAAGAAAAAUGUGAAAUUUUGAAAAGGGGUUCUGGUUUUAGAGUUGUUAACCCUAAUGUGCAUACUUUUAAUACAUUGAUGUUGUGUUGUUAUCAAAAUGGUUUGGUGGAUAGGGUUGAGGAAAUUUGGAGUGAAAUGUGUGAAAUGAAUUGUAAUCCUAAUGCUUAUAGCUAUAGUUUAUUGAUGUCUGCAUUUUGUGAGAGAGAUAGGUUGGAAGAUUGUGAGAAGUUGUGGGAAGAAAUGAGGAAGAAGGAAAUUGAGCCUGAUGUGGUUAGUUAUAAUACUAUGAUCGGUGGGUUUUGUAAGAUUAGUGAUGUUGGAAGAGCUGAGGAAUUUUUCAGAGAAAUGGGAUUGGUUGGUAUUGAUGCAACUGUUUCAACUUAUGAGCAUCUUGUUAAGGGGUAUUGUAAUAUUGAGGAUGUUGAUUCUGCUGUUCUUGUUUAUAAGGAUAUGAUAAGGAAGGAUUUCAGGCCUGAUGUUUUAACACUUGAUAUGGUGGUUAGGUUACUUUGUGAUAAGGGUAGGGUUGAGGAAGCUAUAGAGUUUUUCAGGAGUGGAGUUGGUAAGUUUGAUUUAGUUCCAAAGGAAAAGAGUUAUGUGGCUUUGAUUAAAGGGUUGUGUGUUGAGGGAAGGAUGGAUGAGGGGUUGAAGCUUCAGGCAGAGAUGGUAGGAAAAGGGUUUGAACCGAAUUCGGAAAUAUAUGAAGCUUUUAUUGAUGGGUAUAUUAGACAAGGGAAUCAUGAAAAGGCUGAGGCUUUGAGGAAAGAAAUGCUGCAAACUCCGAGCACAGCGACAACAGAACAAUAACUUUGUUUACCAGCAUCUUAUGGUGAAAAUAAUUGAUAGAAAAUCUGAAAACUGUAUACUAAUGUCUUGUUAUCCUCAGACUAUUCAGAAUUGCAGAUUGAACAUGAGUCUGGUACGCUUUUGAUGAUGUUCUGUUCUUGGUGUAUCUGAAGCAGUUAACAUGAGUUAAUUGCUUGUACAAUGUAACAUUAUAACAUUGCUGAAAAUGCGGUUUUAAGUUAACAUCA